UCACCACCCCCACCCCCACCCCCACCCCCCACCAAAAGUAAACGAGAAAUGAAAUUGAGAAGAAAAAUCAACGAUUUCAUACUUGUAUGAUCAAACCCACUCUACAAAUACCAAUUCCACAACUUCCCACAAAUUCCCAAUGUUGAAUUAUUCGUCUCGCAUCUCUCUUCUCUGAAAAUUUUCACAAAUUAUGGAGAAAAAUACCGGCAAGGAGUUUGUGGAGGUUGAACUCACCGACGGCGGCGUUGAUAACGACGACGCCGGCGUCGACGAAGAGGUCGUUAGGGUUUUGAGAGAAGCCCUAACCGAAGGUAAGGUGAUCCAAAGAGUUGACCUCUCCGGCCGCCACCUGAAAUUUCUGCCGGAACCCUUCGGCAAGAUUCACGCUUUGGUCGUUCUCAACGUAUCCAAUAAUCAACUCGAGGUUAUUCCCGAUUCGAUCUCGGGGCUGCAGAAGCUAGAGGAGCUCAAUGUUUCAUCCAACCUUCUAGAAACCUUGCCAGAUGGCAUCGGCUUAUUGGUCAACCUCAAGGUCAUCAACGUAUCGAGCAAUAAACUAAAGAAACUCCCCGAAAGCAUCGCCGGUUGCAGGUCUUUAAUCGAGCUGGACGCGAGCUUCAACGACCUCAUGUUUCUGCCGAAAACCUUCGGCUACGGAUUAGUGAAUCUCGAAAAUCUGUUUCUCCAGUUGAACAAACUAAGAGCACUCCCGAAUUCAAUCUGCGAAAUGAAAUCCUUGAAGAAACUAGACGCGCACUUCAACGCGAUCCACGGCCUCCCGCACGCAAUCGGCCGCCUCGUGAAUCUCGAAAUCUUGAACAUGAGCAGCAACUUCAGCGACUUAACCGAAGUGCCCGACACGAUCGGUGAUUUGGUCAAUUUAAGAGAGCUCGAUUUAAGCAACAACCAAAUCCGAGCUCUACCCGAGACGGUUUAUCUUCUUCAGCGUUUGGAUAAGCUUAACUUGGAUCAGAAUCCACUCGUAAUCCCUCCGAUAGAGAUUGCGAAUCAAGGGGUCGAAGCUGUAAAGGAGUACAUGUUGAAGAGAAGGCUCGAUAUUUUGGAAGCUGAGCAGAAGCAGAGUUUGCUGCUCGCGGAAAAAGGAGAAGCUGACGUGGGGUGGGUUGCUUGGGGAACAAGCAUGUUAUACAACGUCUCGAAUACUGUCGGAGGCUAUGUGGGAGGAAACGCACCAAAGGAUCCGUUUCUUGAUCAACAGUUGUGAGUGGAGAUUAUAUGUUUUUCGGUACGUUGCUUCGUGUUUCUUGUUAUAUGUAUUUGCAUGCGAGUAUAUUUUAUAAUUGCUGAAUUAGGGUGUCUGUUGUACGAAACUCUUGUGUAAAAUACGUGGUUUUUUGCAUUUUCCGGCAGAUGAAUAAAAAUCUGAUCUUUUUCGUUACAAAAUUUGCGAUAUCCAGAUGAUUAAUCUUUUGUCGACAUCUUCGUGUUUCUUAUUAAAUUUAUUGCCUGUGAGUCUUAGUAUAAUUUCCGAUUUCGGAUUGGAUUGUAUGAAACUCUUGUUUGGAUAUGUGAUUAUAUAUUUUUUUUA